UACAAAUAAGACAAAGAGUGCGGUUAUCAUUGAAUAGUUGAUAAAUAUCAACAUUAUCCGGUCCUGUGUAGUUUGAUGUCUGGCGUCGGCGGGGAAGGAUCAAACUGUGAUGAUGUUGAAGAUCCUAGGAGAGUUAGCCCUAGUUGGGGCCAUAGCCUCAGUGUUUAUAGUAGCGGCGCAGGGCCGCGCGGCGGAGCGGGCGGCUGAGGAGGCUUCGGGGCGGGACUAUAUGAGGAGUCUGGAUGAAAUGACGUCAAAAGCAUUGAACAGGAAGACCAUAGCUAGCUGGAAUUACGAAAGCAAUAUCACAGAUUAUAAUGAACAAAUACAGACGCAAGUUUUCUUAGAAGUUGCGGAAGAACAGAAAGAAUACUGGAAAGAGACGAUGACGUAUUUGUGGCGAGAGUUCGAAGAUGAGGACCUGAAGAGGAUGUUCAAGAAAUACUCGCAGUUAGGCACAGCCGCACUACCCGAGGACUUGAACCAAAGGCUUAUACAGGCUGUCAAUAAUAUGCAGGCCACUUAUGCGAAAGCUACAAUUUGCGAUUACAAGGACAGAAGCAAAUGCGACUUGCAUGUUGAACCUGAUGUGACGAACAUCUUCGCGGAGAGCCAGGACGCAGAGGAGCUGAAGUACACGUGGGUGGAGUGGCACAAGGCGGCCGGCGCGCCCUCGCGCGGCAACUUCACUGAAUACGUGCAGAUGAACAAUGAAGCGGCCAAGUUGAAUGGCUACGACACGGCCGCCGAGUGGUGGCUGAGCGAGUACGAGCAGGAGGACAGCGAGGAGCAGUUCGUGGCGCUGUGGCGGCAGCUGCGGCCGCUGUACCGGCAGAUACACGCCUACGUGCGCCGACACCUGCGCCUCCAGUACGGCGACAGCGUCGUGCCCGCCAGGGGACCCAUACCGGCGCAUCUCCUGGGUAAUAUUUGGGCGCAAACUUGGGGCGGUGUGGAGAAAUUCACUCGACCAUAUCCUGACAAACCAGAUGUGGAUGUGACCGCAGCCUUGAUUAGCCAAAACUACACAGCUCUCAAAAUGUUCAAAACCGCGGAGGAGUUCUUCACUUCAUUGAAUCUAAGCGGCAUGCCCGAUCUCUUCUGGGAGAGGUCAAUUAUAGAAAAGCCCACAGACGGUCGGGACAUGGUGUGUCAUGCUUCCGCUUGGGACUUCUUUGAUAGCGAAGACUUUAGAAUCAAGCAAUGUACGACAAUAACGAAGAACUUCUUCCUGACGACGCACCACGAGAUGGGCCACAUCCAGUACUACUUGCAGUACAAAGACCAACCUGUCAUAUACAGGGCCGGAGCUAACCCGGGUUUCCAUGAGGCCGUAGGUGAUGUGAUGUCCUUGUCCGUGUCGACACCAAAACAUUUGAGAGUGAUGGGUUUGUUAGAAGACGGUCCUGAUGAUCUGGAGUCAAACAUCAAUCAACUUUAUAAAAUGGGUUUAGACAAGAUAGUGUUCCUACCGUUCGCGUACGCGCUGGACCUGUUCCGCUACGGCGUGUUCCGCGGCGCCACGCCCCCGCCACACUACACCUGCCACUGGUGGCAGCUGCGCGCGGCGCUGCAGGGCGUGCAGCCCGCCGACACGCGCAGCGAACAGGACUUCGACCCCGCGGCCAAGUACCACGUAGCUGCUGAUGUCGAAUACAUGAGGUACUACAUAUCGUAUAUAAUUCAAUUCCAAUUCCAUCGCUCGCUGUGUCAGCUGGCGGGCGAGUACUCGCCGGGCGACGCCAGCAAUCUGCUCUCCAACUGCGAUAUCUACAAGAGCACGGCCGCAGGAAAUGCUUUAGGUAAAAUGCUACAACUCGGCUCAUCGAAGCCAUGGCCCGAUGCGAUGGAAAUGUUGACGGGUCAACGUAAGAUGGACGCGAGCGGCGUGCUGGAGUACUUCCAGCCUCUGCACGACUGGCUCAAGGCCGAGAAUGAAAGAACCGGCGAAUACAUCGGAUGGGAACCGAGUACAGUCCAAUUCUGUACAGAAGAGCAGCUAUCACUAAUGGAGGGAUCAGAAUUCAAGAAGACAUUGGACAAACUCAAUGCUUAAUAUUUUAUACUGUUAUGUAAAAAUUGUUUAAAUAAAACGACUGUAUUACAA